AUGUCAACAACACCUCCAGGCGGUCAACGUACUUUGCAAAAAAGAAGACAAGCACAAUCAGCUAAGGAGAAGCAAACUAAGCAAACUCCAACUUCCACAAGAGCAGCUGGCCAUGGUGGUUCUUCAAGUUCAAUUCUCAAAAUCUACACAGACGAAGCCAAUGGCUUAAGGGUUGAUCCUUUAGUCGUCUUAUUUUUAGCUGUUGGUUUCAUCUUUUCCGUGGUUGCUUUACACGUUAUCUCCAAGGUUACUGGUAAAAUCUUUUAA